AAAGCCCUUGUACCGGAAAAGGCUCUUGGUCCAUCACGUAGAGGUGUCCGUCAAGUGUCAGGACACCUUCUUUUUUCCCCCUGCACAAAACAAACGCUCGCCUGGCAAAAUGUUGGCUUGGCUGUCAUUCCCCGUGUUGGUCCGGAGUACGUCGCUUCAUUUGUAGUCUUUGUGGUUUCACACUGUGCCGGUAAGUUAUUCCAGAAGUAGGAGAGAUGCCUGUGGAGAGCGGGAGUGGCAGCAUUGGUGGCAGCGGAGGCGGUGGCACCAGUGCGGUCCGACAGGCCAAGCAGAAAAGGAAGUCUCACAGUCUGUCCAUACGUAGGACCAACAGCACAGAACAGGAACGAGCCGGCUUCCUGCAGAGAGACAUGCAGCUGGACACACAGGACUCCAAGCUUCCAUUGUCUCUGAGGAGCAACCUGGUAGAUCUGUUCACUCAAAUCGAGAGGGAGUUUGAGAACCUUUACAUUGAAAACCUUGAACUUCGGCGAGAGAUUGACACAUUGAAUGAACGCUUGCCAGCUGAUGGACAGACAGUGGAGGGGGCAGACUUGACCAAAGGAGCAUUGAAAACAAAAACGAGCCACAGCACCAGUCAGCUGUCCCAGAAGCUAAAGACCACCUACAAGGCCUCCACCAGCAAGAUAGUGUCCAGUUUCAAAGCCACCACAUCCAGAGCUGUAUGCCAGCUGCUCAGAGAGUAUGUGGGCCACCGAGACGGCAUCUGGGACCUGAGUGUGACACGGAACCAACCCACCGUACUUGGGACCGCAUCUGCAGACCACACGGCCAUGUUGUGGAGCAUUGACACAGGCAAAUGUCUGCUCAAGUAUCUGGGCCACCAAGGAUCAGUCAACUCCAUCAAGUUUCACCCCACUGAGCAGAUGGCGCUAACUGCCUCUGGAGAUCAGACAGCUCACGUGUGGAGAUUCCUGGUGCAACUGCCCACGCCGCAGCCCGUUGCCGAUGUCACUCAGCCACCCUGUGAGGAUGAUGUGGACUUCUCCGACAAGGACGACGUGGACACUGAUUUGGACGGGCCUAACGAGUGCCCCUCUGUGCGCAUUGCAAGUACCACGCUACGCAGCCACCAGGGGGUCGUGAUCGCUGCCGACUGGCUGGUGGGCGGGAAGCAAGUGGUGACGGCAUCCUGGGAUCGAGCUGCCAACCUCUACGACGUUGAGACGUCAGAGCUGGUGCACUCACUCACCGGUCACGACCAAGAACUGACACACUGCUGCACUCACCCCACCCAGCGACUGGUUGUCACCUCUUCCAGAGACACAACCUUCAGGCUGUGGGACUUCCGAGACCCGUCCAUCCACUCAGUUAACGUCUUCCAGGGACACACAGACACGGUGACGUCGGCCGUGUUCACAGUGGGUGACAACGUGGUGUCGGGCAGCGACGACCGUACUGUCAAAGUGUGGGACCUGAAGAACAUGCGCUCACCCAUAGCCACCAUACGUACGGACUCAGCUGUUAACAGGAUCAGCGUGUCAGUGAGUCAGAGGAUCAUCGCUCUCCCUCACGACAAUCGUCAAGUGCGACUGUUCGACAUGUCCGGCGUGCGCUUGGCGAGACUGCCGCGCAGCAACCGACAGGGCCACCGCCGUAUGGUGUGUUGCUCAGCAUGGAGUGAGGACAACACAUCGUGCAACCUGUUUACGUGCGGCUUCGACCGCCAGGCCAUUGGCUGGAACAUCAACAUCCCCGCCCUACUGCAGGAGAAGUGACCCCCGACGCCGCCAAUUCUGGCCGACUGACCACCACCCACCAAGUCUCGCAGGGCUUUUGUUGCCAACACGUCACUGGAGUUUUCGUAUGUCUAUCAAACGUACAACAGCUCAGCUUCACGAGCGAGAAAUGAUGCUGACCUACACUGAAGUCUGUGUGUGGUGUGUGUGUGUGUGUGUGUGUGUGUGUACACACACGUAUGUUUGUCCUUCAAAACAAUGCCCCAUUGAUGAAAAAACAAGCACAACACACUCCAAUGCACAAGUCUCACAACACUAUGAACAACACCAUAUGAUAAAUUUCUUUUUUUUUCCUUUCAUGGGGCACCACUAAAUGCGAAAUGGUUUCCAGGUAUGUGUUCCUGAGAAUAAUUUUUUGUGUUCUAUUAUGAUGAACAUGCCCGCCAAAUUUCAUGUCGACUGUGUUUGGAACCCCUAAAAUAUUUUCACCAAGGUACAUACACUUAGAAUAAUGUCACUUUGCCGGGAAAAAAAAAGUUAAAUCCUACUAAAUCUUCAACAUUUAGGUAUUUAUUUUUAGCAGACAUAACUAAAGUUGUGGCCAGAGAUCUGUACGUUCGCCAGGUGCCAAUUGCAGCUUGAGCUUCACUUCAUUAGGAACAUCUGAGAAAACGUGACAAUAUUUCACAUUGCCAAGUUUCUAUUAGUAGCUGUUGUGCUACCCCCUAUUGGUGAGAAGUAACAAUUUCGUUGAAUUUCGCCCAAGAUUUGAAUAUUCUUUGGUUUCGAAAACAUUCAUUUUGUCUGUGUACUGGUAUUGUUUUUUUUUUUUUUUUUUUUUUUUUAGACAUCACACACUUUUUGCCUUGUGAAGGCAAACUUCCCGAGAAGUGUAUAAAACGUUUUCAUAGUUUUACUUAAGUGAGCGCAACUCGUCUUUCAUGGAGGACUAAAAAGUGCCAGAAUUAAAUCAUCAAUAAAUCCUUCAAAUAAUUAGGUGGUAAGUUAUCAUAUUUGGAAUUAAAUAGUGAUUUUCAGUGUCACUUUUUCAUGAAAAUACGAUUCCUAAUAUUUUAAUUAUUGAUUUCAUUUAUUCACCCGUCAAAAAAAAAUCCAUGAAUAAUUGGAAACCAGAUCCUUAAAUAAAAGUGGAAUGGUAUUUUAUUGGAUUCUCAACACUGCUGAGCCGGUUCUGGGUCGCUGGAGCCAAUCCCACUGACUUCGGUCGAAGGUUAAACGACACCCUGAACUGGUCGCCAGUCACUCGCAGGGCACAAACAACCACUUACGUGUCCAUUCGUUGAGUGUGAAUCGAACCCAUGCUGGGACUAAAGCCAAGCGAAUGCACCAUGACACCAUCAGUGACCCGCCCAAUUUAAUAAUUUGUCUUGUCAAUUUUUAGUUUGCCAUAUCUAUAAUAAUAUCAUAAGCCACCGGCAAUGCGAUUGCGACUGGUGCACAUCUGCCUCACAGUUCAGAGGUUGUGGUUUCAAAUCCAGCCUCACUUGUGUGGAGUUUGCAUGUUCUCAUCGUAACAGUGAGUUUUCUCUGGGUAUUCCGGUUUCCUCCCACAUCCCCCCCCAAAAAAAUUGGGAACUGUAAAAUGCCUUUAGGUGUGAUUUGGAGUGCGACUGUUGUCAGUCUCCAUGUGCCCUGCGAUUGGCUGACAACCAGUUCAGUGUGUACCCCACCUCCUGCCCGUUGAUAGCUGGAAUAGGCUCCAGCACUUCCAUGACCCUCGUGAGGACAAGUGUCUUGGAAAAUGAGUGAAUUGCUCACAGGUGCAAUGGUUGUUCCGAUGUGCUCUGCGAUUGGCUUGCGACCAGUUUAGGGUAUAUCCCGCCUCACUCCCAAAGUAAGAUGGGAUAAGCGCCACCACACCUCCAACCCUUGUGAUAAGUGAAAGAAUGGAUGGAUGUUUAUUUGCCACCUUAAUUCCAAAUCGCUAUUUGUCCUUGCUAAUCAAUACUUGAAAGAAUCCACACACAAAAAAAUGAAUAGCUGUUUACUGUCAACCGGUCGGUUAAAUUGGAUGCUCUGGUUUAUUAUCGAUAUGCUGUUAUUCAAUAUUAAUAAGUAAUAAUACACAGAUUAGGGAACAUGCAACUAUCUUGUUUCAUGUCAUAAUUGUCACUUUGUAGACUUAUUUUCUCUCUAGCAGUCUUUUACUUCAAAAAGAAGAUCUCCCUGGUUAUAUGUGAAUCUGAGCAUAACAAAGUGAGAAAAACGUUUCCAUCUGGUGCAGUUUUGUCAUCAUUGUAACGAUGUAACCGUUACACGUCAAGCAAAAUAAAAACUAAGUUGA